UUUAGAUUUCAAAGUGCCUACAUAUCUUUCUGUCGAGCGUAGGGCGCGUGAACCCCGUGUAGCUUCCUCUAUAAGAACCCGUAUAUGUACCCAUGCAAGCUGUGAUGGUCGCGUAGAAUCAUCAUCUUACAGCAACCAAAAGCUUGAACACCAGCACAAUUACUGAGCAUGGCACAAAUUGAAGCGCAAGAAAAAACUGUGGCUGCGCAGUGUUACUGCAAAUCCGUUCAUUUCACCUUGACGUUAAAGACCUCAGAUCUUCCUUUGAACACUCAUCUCUGUCAUUGCUCCAUCUGCCGUUACUCUCACGGCACGCUGUGCGUUUUCCAUGCAACACUGCCAGACAACGUUGCUCCCCACUUCGUCGCCCCAUCUAGCCAGGACAAGUUGACAUCAUACCGCAUUCCGAACGCUGAUACUAUCUAUUACUUCUGCUCCACCUGUGGUUGCCACAUCGGAGGCUCGUUGCCUGACUACACCGAUUGGACCGUCUCGACAUCUAUCUUCACAAAUAAUGAGCCUGUCUACCAGAUCAACUCGCACGUCUUCAGUCAGUCUGCUCUAGGCGGAGGCUAUAAUGACUUUCUCUUUCGUAUAGGCGAUCGAGAUAUGAAGGACUGGAACCCGAAGGGAGAUUCAGCUCGACCGAAGUACAACGAGGCAGCAUAUGGCGCUGAUAGUGAAGAGCGCCUGCGAGCUGAAUGCCACUGUGGUGGCGUUUCUUUCACUGUCCCUAGACCUCGCGACGGGGACCGUGAUGAUCCCGAAAUGAAGCGUAUUGUGUCCCCCGUUGACAAGCGCAAAUGGAUUGCUACCAUUGACGCAUGUGACGACUGCCGCCUCACAAGCGGGACGCACGUUGUCUCGUGGACCUUCAUCCCAUUGGAUCGGUGUGAGCCCAGCAUCAAGCCAGAUUUGCUGAUUGGUACAAUGAAGACCUUCGAGUCCUCCCCUGAUGUUUUGAGGUCAUUUUGUGGUGUCUGUGGCGCCGUCAUCUUCUACUCCUGCCACGACAGGAAGAACAUCGUCGACCUCGCUGUUGGCGUUCUGAGGGCACCGGAAGGAGUCAAGGCAGAGAACUGGUUGACUUGGCAGGCCGGGCGUAUUGGAUGGGAAAAGGAUGGUUUGCAGUACAACGAGGAGUUCAUAUUGUCACUAGCAGAGGGCUUUAAGAAAUGGAGCAUGGAGAAGUAUGGUCACGUUGGCGAUUCACGCUCUGUGUAGGGAAGUCCACCGUGAGAGUUCUCUAUGUAGCUCUGAUGCAUCUACCAGAUCUUCCAGAGGCACUGUGUGAGCAUCGGCCAGCAAGAGUUCUCAGCACGAGUAAAUGACAAAAUCCUUAUUUACUAAGUGGCAGCAAUUUGAUAUAGAAAUCAAAGUGACAAUUCAAAUCCA